UGGUCUUCCUUAUUCCUUACCAUACGGCGGUACGGUACCGGCGACCGUAGCUUGCAGUAUUGUACGGUAGCCAGUCUACAAUAGUACGGUUGUAGCUUUCAUCCUUGCUUUGGUCGAGCGAAGGCCCUUAAAUCUUUUUUGAUGCGCGAGGAUGGCCGCAGCCAAAGGAUCCGACUGUUGAGCCUGCCAAAUUUGCGAAAAAAAAGCAUCCUCCAACCAACACGGCACGACAACUGAUCACUACAAGAGCGAAGUACGGUUCCACAAGCAUAAGCAUUCACACCCGACAUUAGCAUCAGUACCAGUAGCAGUGGCACGAGCCAAGCCAUCAACCACAAUGAACGAUCGAUUGGGAGACCUAGGCGCUUUUGCAGGCGAUGAAGAUGAUGACGAUGCUCAGUUCGAUGAUGAAGCUGGAGGCGACAUAGAGAUGCAAAAGCCACAGCAGCCAAAUUACAUGGAUCAUUUUUUCAGUGAAGUGGACAAAAUCAAGGAAGAUAUCGAGCAUGUUAAGAAAGCCACGAGAAAGAUUGGUGAUAUCAAUGAAGAGGCUCUACAGGCGACUACCACAGAUAAAGAAAACGAACUGAGUAGCAAGCUGAAGCCUCUGAUUGACGGUACCAAUAACAGAGCGAAACGCACCAAAACCAUGCUGGGCCUCUUGAAAGAGGACACCAAGAAGUUGGAUUCAGAGGGUAAAAUCAAUUCUAGCGAUUUGCGUGUUCGAGACAAUCUCUGCAACACGCUCACCAGGAAGUUCAUUGAUGAGAUGAAAGCGUAUCAAAAUGCCCAACAAAAGUAUAAAACUGAUAUCAAGAAGAAAGUGGCUCGGCAGGUGCAAAUCGUCAAACCAGAUGCCACUGAUGAGGAUAUUGAUGCUGUGAUGAGGAGUGAGGGCGGCCGAGACGCGCUAUAUCGUGAGCAGAUUCUUGCUGGUGGAGUAAACGACCAGAUCAAGACAACAUAUGCCAAAGUUGCUGGAAAGUAUCAAGAUGUUCUUACACUGGAAUCCAGCGUGGCAGAGCUGCAUCAGAUGUUUCUGGAUUUUGCAUUGCUCACGGAGCAACAGGGAGAACUUCUGGAUCAGAUUGAAUUCCAAGUCAAACAGGCUGGUGAUUAUGUAGAAGAUGCGAAUGUGGAUGUUUAUGAAUCCAUCCAAUACCAAAGCAGCAUUCGGAAGAAGCAAUGCUGGAUAAUGGCCAUUGUUAUUGUCUGUAUUAUUGUACUCCUUUUCGCAACUGGUAUCAUUCCGUAGGCCUCUUUCUUCAACAUCAAAUGAGAGUUAUCGUCUAAUCAAUUUUAAAACUCCUGCAAUUCCUCCACUACGGUAGAAUGCAUGUCAUUUUUGUCUUUCACUUCUUCUCUCAAGUGUGCUUUGGCUCUGGUUGAUUUCGAGCAUCACACUCUUUAUUUGGCUUCGAUGUAUCCCUGUAGGAUAGAGAUAGGGGAGAGAUUUCGCCGCCACGGCUGAGGCACACCCUGUCGAGAUGCAACAUCAACAGUGAGCCAAAAUGGUGCUCGUUGCUCACAAUAGCCUGGUGGUGGCACCCGUUUUGUGCAUUGGUGUAGCAAUGCGUUUUUCCUGCACGCCACGGAUCGUUGCUCGACUCAACUCGACCCGGACCGCGUGCAUUGCCACGAAUGCUGCGGUCGUCGCAUUGGAAGCCAACUAGCUAGAGUGGUACCUAGCUAGCUAGCUAGGAGACGGUUAAAAUUGGAUUAAUCAUUUUUCUGCCAUUCCAAGUUUAAAAGUGGUCUACUCUACUA